UCUCUCUUCUCUUCAACAGGGGCGGCUCCCCGCAGCAGCAGCCGGGCAGAAAAGGAACCGAGAAUCUGCAACCUCUCUUGUGGUCAGGUCAGGUUCGAUCGAGGAUGUUGGCCAUCUUCCAGAAGCAUGUGGCGCACGCGCCCCAGGAGCUGAACAGCCCCCGGAGCGGCGCGGCCAAGCCCAAGGACCCCGACGAGAUCCUCAGGGACUUCCACGCCGUGCACCCGGCAGAUGCCUUCUCCGCCUCCUUCGGGGGUGGCUCCACGCUCGCCUGCGUCGGCGCGCACGCUCGUCCCGCUGCCGGCUACCAGAGGAUGUUCUGUGGGCUGGACGACAUCUUCUGCGUGUUCUUGGGGAGGCUGGACAACCUGAGCAGCCUGAUCCGGCAGUACGGGCUGUGCAACAAGUCCACCAACGAGGCGCUGCUCGUCAUCGAGGCCUACCGCACCCUGCGCGACCGCGGGCCAUACCCGGCCGACCAGGUCGUCAAGGACCUGGCCGGCUCGUUCGCAUUCGUCGUCUUCGACAACAAGUCCGGCUCCGUCUUCGCAGCCCUGGGCACUGACGGCGGCGUGCCGCUGUACUGGGGCAUCGCGGCGGACGGGUCGGUGGUGAUAUGCGAGGACCGUGACAUCGUCAAGCGCGGCUGCGGCAAGUCGUACGCGCCUUUCCCCGUGGGGUGCAUGUUCCACAGCGAGGGCGGGCUCAAGAGCUUCGAGCACCCCAUGAACCGGCUCAAGGCGAUGCCGCGGGUGGACAGCGAGGGCGUCAUGUGCGGUGCCACCUUCAAGGUCGACACCUUCACUAAGAUCAACUCCAUGCCGCGCGUCGGCAGCUCUACAAACUGGGCCGUAUGGGACGACGCCGUCUGAGUAGGCAGUGCUCUGCUCACCAACCAUGCCCGCGCCCUCCGCCGUCGCUCUGCCCUCUCCCCUCUGUCUCCGCCGUGCUUCCGUUCUAACCAGUGCCUCAUCUCUUAGGAUAAUGCUACAGCGUGGAAGUACAUCAAUCUCUCCCCCCCCCCCACCCCCUUGCGGUAUACAUUUCUUUCUGGUGCGUGUGGCUUUCGGACUUGGUUGUUGAACAUGAUGAAUAAAGAGUCCGCGGAAAAUUUCGCAUGCAAGCUUUUA